AUGACGACCUAUGACUUGAUUAUUAUCGGAGCUGGACCAGCUGGCUUAACGGCGGCUGUUUAUGCUAGAAGAGCUUUAUUAAAAACCUUAAUUUGCGAAAAAGCGAUAGCUGGUGGAAAGUUAAAUAAAACUGCUGACGUUGAUAAUUAUCCGGGCUUUACCUCGGAAGAAGUGAUUAAAUUAGAAAAAAAAGAAAAGGAGUUUAUUGUGAAAACAAAUGAAGGAAAUACUAUUGCUAGCCGAACAGUUAUUAUUGCCUCCGAAGCGGUAGUAGUAGUGGGUGGCGGAUAUUCCGCCUUGGAAACUGCUUUAUAUUUAACUAAUAUUGCGACCAAAGUUUAUUUAGUUCACCGCCGAGAUAGUUUUCGGACGGAAAAGGAAAUUAGCGACAAAGUAAUUAAUAAUCCCAAAAUAAUUUUAAUUUUAAACUCGCAACUGUUAGCAAUCGAAGGGAGAGAAGAAAAAGAAAGAAAAGUGGUAGAAAAAGUAAUCAUUAAAAUAAAUAAUCAAAAGAAAGAAUUAUUAGUUAGAGCCGUUUUUCCUUGCGUUGGUCUUUUACCAUUUAGCAACUUUGUCCAUGAACUAAGUAUUUGCGACCGACAAGAUUAUAUCACUAUUAAAGAUGAUUGUUCGACCAUGGUGCCAGGUUUAUUUGCGGCUGGUGAUGUGGCUCGAGCCAAUCAAAACAAAAUUAAACAAAUUGUUACGGCAGUAGCCGAAGGAGCCAUUGCCGCUCAGUCGGUCAUUAAAUAUUUAGAAAAAUACUUCUAA